GUAGUUUCUUAAAAAUUUUAUAAUGGCUGCCGAUAUCAAAUGGCAUACAGUGGUACAUAUAAAUGUUAAAAAGUCUUGAAAAAGAAAAAAUUUAGAAAUAAAUAAUUUUUUUCUUUUUAUUCCAAAUAUUAAUUGUAUAGUUAAUUAGAGUAAAUAUGGGGAAAGGAUUUAAUAAUUAUAUGUGCAAAAAAUUUUUCCAUCCAGCUUCGAGAGAUAAUUUAAAACGAGUAUGGAUGGCAGAACAGCAAGCUGAGGCUUAUAAGAAAAAGCAAGAAGAAUUACGUGUUCAAUAUGAGAAAGAGCAAGAUCUUCAUAAUAAUAAAGCACUGUUAAGUAAAGAGAGUAAAGAUAAAUUAAGUGUUAAUUUUAUGUAUGAGCCUCCUCCUGGAGCAAAGAAAGAAAGAGAAAAAGAAGAUAACGAACCAGAGUAUAAAUUUGAAUGGCAAAGAAAAUAUAAUGCACCAAGAGAAAGUUAUUGUAAAGGAGAUAGUGAAAUUCGAGACCAACCUUUUGGUAUUCAAGUUCGAAAUGUUAGAUGUAUUAAAUGCCACAAGUGGGGCCACAUAAAUACAGACAAAGAGUGUCCUUUAUAUAGUCAAGCAAUGAGCGUAGUAAUGGCAAAUAAUUCAAAUUUGCCACAGACACCUGAUGCUUUGACUUUAGUGCAACAAAUGCGAGAAGAUGGAUUAGCGCUUAAAAAAUCUGCACUGGAUGCUCAACAACAUUUACGGGUACCUGGCCAUGAACAUUUGAUGGUUUCUGACGAUGAAGAAAAUUCUGAGAUUACAUUUCUAAAAACUCUUUCAAAGCAAGAAAAAAAGAAAUUGCUAAAGAAACUUCGAAAGCUUGAGAAGAAAAAUAUGAAAAUAAAGCAAAAAAAAUUGAAGAAGAGAAAAGUUCGAAAUAGUAAAAAAUCUCGCAGUAGUAGUAGUAGUAACAAUGAAAGUUCAAGUGAUAGCAAUUGUAAAAAUAGCCACAAAAGCGUCAGUGAUGAUACUAGCAGCAGCAGCAGCAGCAGCAGUAGUAGUAACAGCAGUAGCACCAGCAGCAGCAGCAGCAGCAGCAGUAGUAGUAAUAGUAGCAGUAGUAGUAGUGAUGAAUUCAGUACAGAAAGUAAUAGAAAAAAAUUAAAGCGCAAAAGGAAAUCGCAAGGAAAAGCAGAGACGAAUUCUCAUGGAAAACAUAAUGCUAAUCGACAUAAAGAUAAAGAACGAAAAAUAAAGCAUAAGUUAGAGGAUAAAUAUAAAUCAAGUAAUAAAAUCAAGGAUGAAAAAAGAAACAAAGACAGGACCAUCGAUCAUGACACUCGUAAAAGGAAAAGUAAUGAAUUACAUAGCGAUAAGAAACGUAAGAAACACUGUGAAAGAAAGUAAACCAUUUCUAUUUCGAAGUACUGAAAAAGAAAAGAAGAAUAAUAAAAAUAAAUAAGUAUAAUUAAUAGAAAACAAUUAUAUGAUUAAAUUUGUAUUUUUACAUUAAACCAUAUAUUUUAUUGUAUAAGAAUAAUAAUUCAUUUCUUUUUUCUUUGAUUAGUAGAUGAUUUAAUUUACUUAAUAAAAAACCAUUUAUGCAAUGUAAGUUAUUAUUGUAUAAUUGAUCAUUGAAAUAUGUUAAAUAUAUAUAAUUGAAAAUGUUGUUUAUAAAAAUAGAAAUGUAUAUUUUCCUUAUCAACGAAAUGAAUGAUAAUUAUCAACGUUAUUAAAUAAGUACUUAUAAAAGAUGAACAUAUGAUAUAUUACCGAGAAUGUUUUUAUUUCUAUCAUUAUGUAAAUGGAUAAAAUAUAGGAAGCAUUUAUUUCA